AUGUCCGACUUAUGGUCUUCUAUAGUUUUUGCCAUUGACCCUAAGAGAACAGAAGCCAUGCCUGCCGUCUUACAAUCAACCAUUAAUCUUCUAGAAAGUGAGCUGGUCAAAGCCCGCGCCGCCCUCCGGGAUAUCCAACCCAAUGCCUCACCCUUUGGAUUCCGGGGGGAUGAAAUCGCUGUAGGGGCCAUGACAGCCUACAGACGAGACCUCAUCGGUCGCGCUCCCGAUUUUUAUGGAUCUCGCCGCUUGACGCUAAAGGAACUCGGCCUGGAGCCUGCCGUGCGCGAACUUCCUGAACGGGUAUCAAAGGUGCAAUCUAAAACACCUACGCCCCCUUCCCGAACGGGACUGGAGGAUGUCCUAAGCAAUAGCUUGAUCCUCGACCAGAUGGCACCAUACCUAUCAGUAUCCUCGUUGAUGACACUGAGCUCAACUUCACGCCGCCUACAUACCGUGAUCACCCAGACGCCAUAUGUAUUCCGGCAUCUUGAUUUGUCCCACUGUCGGGGUACAGAACUCUCUACAGCAACACAAGCAGAUAACGACUCUCAGACGGAGGAUGAGGUUUAUUCCACCCCAUUGAAGCGAAUCUUUACGAACCUCGAGGGCAGAGGUAUACUGCAAGAUGUGCGCACUCUCAUCCUGGACGGGGUGGCAGUGCCGGCUGAUCUGGUGGCCGAUAUCAUUUUGACGGACCGCUUCAAUGUCAAUAUCCUGUCUAUUCGCGAAUGUCGUCACCUGAACGAACGUAAACUGAUGCAGGUCAUUCAGCAUGCCGUUCGGCCCACACGCCCUCCGGGUACGCCACGGGUGAAGGGUAUCUAUCAUUUCUCUCCCGUCCACACAGACCCUCGGCCAGUGGCACGACCCCGGUAUCGAGACUGGUGGGGAACCCAGGUAGAAACACCACGGACACCCAGUCGAUCCCCAUCUGACCCUGGUCAAGAGGAUGGGGCCUCGAAAUCCUCGGUAGAGCAACAAAACGAGUGGUAUAGCGCCUCAGGGAAGCUUUUCAAGCACACUAUCGAGGAAGGCUGGGCCCAGGUGCUUAAGAAAUGUGAGGGCAUCAUUGCCUUUGAUGCCGCUCUGUGUCGUGGCCCGAGACACGAUCCCAACCUAUACGGUUCGACCACGGAGGACAGCCUAGCUGAGGUCUCGUUGCUCGGACCGGCCGUGGCCACCGUAGCCCUCGGACCUCGCGGAUGUGAUGGAUGCCACAGUUCCCCCGAAGGUCCGGCUAUAUGGAGCCAGUCCCCAGAUAUUCAAUUCCCAAUGCUUAGCCCCCCGCCACUGCACUCAUCUAGCGUUGCGGCGGCGAAACGGCCCGAGCUAAUUCCAGGCGAGCAUCCGGUCCUUAUUGCCCGCUGCACGGACUGCCUUACCAACCGUUGGUGCCAUCGGUGCAAUAAAUGGUUCUGUGGAAACUGUCUGCCAAACCCGCAGCGUGUCCGAGUAAGCCUGUCCCCGCAUCAGACUGCAGUCCACGCCAGUGCUGCUGAACUGCAAGAACGUGAGAGACUGGAACGAGGUGUUAGCAAAGACUGCUGGGAAUGUGGCCCAACUUGUGCUUCCUGUAAGCUGGAAUGUCAGCACACAUGCCAAGGCUGCCAGGGUGAUUAUUGUAUUCACCACAACGAGGGAUGCUCGAAGGCACUGUGUGAUUGGUGCAAUACCAGUGCUCGUGGCAGAAUGCGUGGCGACUUUUAUUAA